UCGAGACAAGACAUAACACCGAUAUAGAAACGUGUUGGCUUUGAAAUUACAUAGAUUACAUCGGGACUUUCGAAAUGGGCAACGUGCUAGCGGCUUCCUCCGGCGCCCCAGGCAGUGGCGCCUCCAAUCUGGGCCUCGGCCUCCCGGAGCCGGCCACCCUGCCCUCCGAAUCCGGCUCCCCAUCGGGCUCCUCCUCGUCCGCCGGAGGCGCUGAUUCCUUUGCCGCCGCCAAGGAUGCGCCGCUCGAGAAUCCCGGCACCGUCGAGGAGCUGCACAAGAAGUGCAAAGACAUACAGGCCAUCACCUUCGAGGGCGCCAAGAUCAUGCUGAACAAGGGGCUAAGCAACCACUUCCAGGUGUCGCACACCAUCAACAUGAGCAAUGUGGUGCCCAGUGGCUACCGCUUCGGGGCCACCUACGUGGGCACCAAGCAGUACAGCCCCACGGAGGCCUUCCCCGUCCUCCUGGGCGACAUCGACCCCUCGGGCAACCUCAACGCCAACGUUAUCCACCAGUUCUCCGCCCGUCUGCGCUGCAAGUUCGCCUCGCAGAUCCAGGACUCCAAGAUGGUCGCCUCGCAGCUGACGACCGACUAUCGCGGCAGCGACUACACCGCCUCGCUGACGGUGGCCAAUCCGAGCAUAUUCACCAACUCCGGCGUGGUCGUUGGCCAGUAUCUGCAGUCAGUCACUCCAGCCCUCGCCCUGGGCGCCGAGCUGGCCUACCAGUUCGGCCCGAACGUCCCCGGCCGCCAGAUAGCCAUUGUGUCCGCCGUGGGCCGCUAUACAGCGGGCAACUCGGUGUGGUCGGGGACCCUGGGCCAGAGCGGCCUGCACGUGUGCUACUACCAGAAGGCCAGCGACCAGCUGCAGAUCGGUGUCGAGGUGGAGACCAGCCUGCGCAUGCAGGAGUCCGUGGCCACGCUGGCCUACCAGAUCGAUCUGCCCAAGGCGGAUCUGGUGUUCAGAGGCGGAAUCGAUUCCAAUUGGCACAUCUCCGGAGUUUUGGAGAAGCGCCUUACCCCAUUGCCAUUUACGCUAGCCCUAAGCGGACGCAUGAACCACGUCAAGAACAACUUUAGACUCGGCUGCGGGCUGAUGAUCGGCUAGGCCGGACCUUUGCGCAGCCAAACCCUACUUCAGCCUCAGACCCCAAGCACACACACUCAUCCAUUGUAACUUUUUCACAUCAUCCGCUAACAACAAGAAGAACAACAACAACAAACAAAGAGAUAUAUAUAAAUCUGCUAACGAACGUUUGCGUUUACGUUUUUUAUGAUGAUCUGUCGUUUGUCGUGUGUAUAGAAAGUAUGCCUUGCAUCCCGAAAAAGGCGGCCUGCGGGGAUCUGGAAUCCUAUGGAAUGGCUUUUAUUCUUUGAUCCAUUAUGUUACCAGUUACCAGUGUGCCACUGUUCGUCGUCCGUUGUUAAUCGCCCAAUUUUCCCCACUGACAGAGUCAUAAACGCGGAGUUGAAAAUACUAAAGAGAAAAAUAUUCCACAAUUAUUAUAAAUUUCUUCACUCAACACAAAAUACACA